GAAUGAGAAUUCUUGAUUUUUCUUCUUCCAAUUUUACGACGAAAGCUGCUCUUCUGAAAGUCUUUUUGUUAUGAAACCAGUAGAAUGAAUCAUCCAUAUUAAUUGUUUAAAGGCAGCUCUUUGAUUUUUCUAUCCACUUCCAAACAGCAACCGUCAAAUAUGAUGAAUAUUUCAGAUUUGUAAGCAGCGGAAUGACAUACCAUGACGCUGUCCAACAAUGUUUUGGUUCCUGGCGAUGACGUAAUACACAAAAACAUGGUUCCCUUGUUUUGAACCUGUAAAGCGUGCUAAGUGCUUCUUUAACUUUACUACGCGCGAGGAUGCUUUUCCCAAACUGACUGACUGGAAAAUUAUUUUUAAGAGACGAUGGCUCAGUCCGCGGAAACGUGUGCUGAAUCUGGACGUAGGCUGCGCUCCAUCUGCCGGAGGAUGUACGACGAAAACGAGGACUUGUCUGAUGUAGAAGAAAUUGCAAACGUCAGAGGUUUCAGUGUGGAGGAAAAGCUUGUCAGCGAAAGCUACAGCGCAAACUUUGUCCACUUAAUGGAGGGCAAAGACUUCACAUAUGAAUAUGUACAAAGGGAGGCCCUCAGGAUCCCGCUCAUUUUUAAAGAGAAAGAUGAAUUAGGGAUUAGAAUGCCUGAUCCUGAGUUUACAGUCAGUGAAAUUAAAGGUUUAGUUGGUAGUCGACGCUCUGUGGAUGUUAUGGACGUGAGCACUCAAAAAGGCUCUGAAAUGAGCAUGGCUCAGUUUGUCCGUUAUUACGAGACACCAGAAGAAGAACGUGACAAACUCUUCAACGUCAUCAGCUUAGAGUUUAGCCACACUAAGUUGGAGAACCUCAUCAAGCGGCCCACAGUGGUGGAUCAAGUUGACUGGGUGGACAACAUGUGGCCUUCUGCUCUGAAACAAAGCCAAACAGAAGCCACUAAUGUUAUCUCAGAGAUGAAAUACCCUAAAGUGCAAAGGUAUUGCUUGAUGAGUGUGAAAGGCUGCUACACAGACUUCCACAUUGAUUUCGGAGGAACAUCUGUUUGGUAUCAUGUGUUUAAGGGACAGAAAGUAUUCUGGCUUGUGCCUCCGACCCCUCAUAACCUGGCACUGUAUGAGGACUGGGUCUUGUCAGGCAAGCAGAGUGAUAUCUUCCUGGGGGACCAAGCUGAUGGAUGUCAGAGAGUGGAGCUUAAACAAGGAUACACCUUCUUCAUCCCGUCUGGUUGGAUUCAUGCCGUCUACACUCCUGUGGACACAUUGGUGUUUGGGGGCAACAUUCUGCACAGCUUUAACAUUCCUAUGCAGCUUACCAUCCAUGAGAUAGAGAACAGGACUAAGGUUCACUCCAAAUUCCGUUUCCCCUUUUACUACGAAAUGUGCUGGUAUGUCCUGGAGAGAUACCUGCACUGCCUGACCAAACGGUCCUACAUUGCUCAGAACAUCCCCAAAGAGCCAGUAGAUUAUGAGACAAAGGGAAAAACAGAGAGCCCCUCCUCUGACGCCAGGAAUCAGGACAUAAGUGAGGACUCAUGUGGGACUCAAGUCAGAGAGGAUCAGGGAGAAAAAAUUGAUGGGGUUACUGAGAAUGGCCCCUGCUCACCUGAAAAUGAAAAGGGCAUGUUCCUCAAGACUGUUUUAUCCGUUGACUCCGAGGACAGCUGCAAUCCUGGCUCCACCACUCUAGAUUUUCCCAAGACCCCGUCUGACUCCCCAGCCUCAGAGUCUCUGAGUAAAUGGACCCAUUUAACUGAGUUUGAGCUGACUGGACUCAGGACACUGGUUGAGAAGCUGGAAUCACUUCCUGAAAAUAAAAAAUGUGUUCCAGAGGCAAUAGAGAACCCUCUUGCUCUCCUAGAGGACAUUAAGGUUGUCUUAAAAGAACAUGCUGAUGAUGACCCCAAAUUAGCAAUCACUGGAUUUCCUGUGGUGUACUGGACUAAGAAAAUGACAAAGCCCCGGCCUCCUAACCGGCCGAAACCUAAGAUGGCUGCAUCUCCUGCAUCAGCAGUCAAGCUGUCAGCCAGUCGGGGAACAUCUGGUGCCAGGAGGAGAAGGACUCGUUGCCGAAAGUGUGAGGCAUGCCUGCGGACAGAGUGCGGAGAGUGCCACUUUUGUAAGGACAUGAAGAAGUUUGGUGGGCCAGGGCGAAUGAAACAGUCAUGCAUCAUGAGGCAGUGUAUUGCUCCUGUCCUGCCCCACACAGCAGUGUGUCUUGUUUGUGGAGAAGCUGGAAAGGAAGACACAGUGGAAGAUGAGGAGGAGAAGUUUAACCUGAUGCUCAUGGAGUGCUCCAUCUGCAAUGAGAUUGUUCAUCCCAACUGCCUCAAGGUCAAAGACUCAAAUGGAUUAGUUAAUGAUGAGUUGCCAAAUUGCUGGGAAUGCCCAAAGUGUAACCAUGCAGGGAAAACAGGGAAAGCCUCAAAGCAAAAAAGGGGGCCAGGAUUUAAGUAUGCGUCAAACCUCCCUGGCUCGCUUCUGAAAGAACCACGCUUAAACCGGGAUUCAAAAGAGGAGUCUGACUCACCCACGGUGGCUACAGCAACUGUUCCUGCCUUGACUACCACAUCUGCAGUGAAGAGGAAGGCAGAGCGGGACGUCAUCUCUAAAAGGAACGAUGAGGAGCCUCCAAAGAAACGCCCACCUCUGCUGUCUCUGGACGGUAUGCCUCGACCAAGACUGGAAGAUAAUCCGCUCAGGAAAAAAAGGAAACUGUUUGACACCAAUGAUGAGCCUGUCAUUAUGAAAAAGAAGAAAAAACUUUCAAAACCAGAUGACCAAUUCAGUUCGAAGCUGUUGCGGCAAAUCAAGACAGAGAAUGAUCAUGGAGAUGAAGAUGAGGAACGGGAGGAUCAUGAAGAAGAUAGGUUGUCCCUGGAUAGUAUGCAUUUUAAAGAAAAAAAUGAGUAUGAUGUUGAGGUGCAAGAAGACGAUACUGAGGAAGAGGAGACAGUAACAAAAGAGAGGGACAGUAGUGCAGACGACAAAACUAAGGUUCUCUCAAACCCCCUGCUAAGAGCUAGAGAAAGUGAUCAUUCGUCCUCCAACUCGCCCAGAGCUGGACCAAGCAGCGAGUCAGGAGACACUCAGGAGAGGAGCUCCGCUCAGCUUAAGGCUCGCCAUCAGUGUCGACGUCUUCCCAAAGAGGCGAGCAAAGAGCUCAAACAGGAGAUUUCCAAAACAGAAGACUCUUUGAGCAACCAAAAACAUGGUUCGGUUAAGACAGAGGAUGGCUCAGCCAACCAUAAUCGCAGACCACUGAAGAAUGAAGAUUCUGUGACCAGUCAAAAUCGUAAACCGCUAAAAACAGACGACUCAACCACUAAUCAGACCCGUAGAGCCAUUAAAAUAGAGGAGGGUUUGGCAAAUCAGAACAGACAACCAUUGAAAACAGAAGAUUGUCUGACCAACCAAAAUCACAAGCCUGUAAAAUCUGAGCCUGAGACUGAGGUAGAAGACCAGAAGCCUAGGUGGCCUCUUAAUAACGGCAGCGGCGAUCUGGGUGACUGGCUCCGACACAGAGGACGGGAGGUGAACGGGGCACAGCACGGCUACUCACCAAUCAACUGGAGCAGAAGCACUCCGAUCACACCAAUGGGCCCCCGGCCACUCCCUCGCCGGUCACCGCCAAAAUGUAUCCAAAUGGAACGCCAUGUGAUUCGGCCGCCUCCCAUCAGCCCCCCACCCGACAGACUGCCACUAAAUGACGGGGAAGCUCACGUGAUGCGGCGAGAGACCUGGAUGACCGUAUUCAGUCACCUUACUCACAGAGAUCUCUGUGUCUGCAUGCGAGUCUGCCGAACCUGGAACAGAUGGUGCUGCGACAAGAGACUUUGGAAUCACAUCAAUCUGAACCGCUGUAAGUCCAUCACACCUCUUAUGCUGAGCGGGAUCAUCCGGAGACAGCCUGUUGCUCUGGACCUCAGCUGGACCAACAUAUCCAAGAAACAGCUCAGCUGGCUCAUCAACAGACUUCCUGGUCUGCGUGUGUUGCUUCUGUCAGGAUGCUCCUGGGUGGCCGUCUCUGCUCUUUGCACCUCCAGCUGUCCCCUCCUGCGAACGCUGGACGUUCAGUGGGUCGAGGGACUGAAGGACGCCCAGAUGAGAGACCUGCUGUCGCCACCCACGGAUAACAGGCCAGGUCAGUUAGACAACAGGAGUAAACUGCGUAACGUGGAGGACUUACGUCUGGCAGGGUUGGACAUCACAGACACAUCUCUUCGGCUCAUCAUUCGUUACAUGCCCCUGUUAUCUAAGCUUGACCUCAGCUACUGCAACCACGUCACUGACCAGUCCGUCAACAUCUUGACUGCUGCAGGGACGACAACCAGAGACUCACUGACUGACAUCAACCUAUCAGUCUGUAACAGGGUCACUGACCAGUCGCUGACCUAUUUCAAACGCUGUGGAAGCAUUUGCCACAUCGACCUGCGAUACUGUAAACAGGUGACCAAGGAGGGGUGCGACCAGUUCAUUGCAGAGAUGUCAGUCAGUGUACAGUUCGAACUGAUAGAGGAUAAAUUGCUGCAGAAGAUCAGUUAGGAGAAGGACAAUGGAAGACUGUGUGACACUCGCAGGAGGUGAAACUACUGUCCACAUGGAGGCAGCAGAUGACUGUGUGCCAGACAGACACAAUGAACACAAGGAUUAAUAUCCUGAUGUAAAGUGAAGCUGUGCUGCAAGGCCAGAAUGUAAAAAUGGAAGUCUUGUUCAGUGAAGGCAAUAUUACAAAAGGUUUUGUUGUUGCACCUGUUCAUAAGUUAUUUAUUCUUUAACUGAUUGUUUAUGUAUUGUACCACAGUUAUUCCUUGGUGUUUAUAGACUAUUUUUUGUUCCAAUGCAAAGUUUUUUGCAUUAUAGAUCAAUAUUUUUGUAUCAGAAAGUGUUUCAUACAAGUAUGUGCAGUAUUAAAUGCACCACUGUACAGUAUUAUAGUGCUGAACUUGAUAAUCAGUUGGCUGUACCCUUAAGCUCUUUAUUGUUGAGAAGCAAAUGUCUAUUGAUUUGUUGCAAACUGUUGAAAGGUAGCUUGAUUUUUUCAGCUCAGCCACAUACAAUUUUAUACAUAUAUAUAUAUAUAUAUAUAUAUAUAUAUAUAUAUAUAUAUAUAUAUGUAUGUAUACAGUAUCUCACAGAAGUGAGUACACCCCUCACAUUUUUGCAAAUAUUUUAG